AUGAACAACUGGUCAAUAAAAGUAUUGCUCAAUGAAGGAGCAAGUAGAAAUGUAAUAGAACAAGACAUUGCAGUAGAAUGGAACUUAUUACAAUAUCUGAACAAAGAUAAUAAAACAAAAGCAGUAUUACUAAGAGAAAAAACAAUCUCAAACCUAGGAGAAGUAAAAGUAACAAUUCAGAUAGAAGAUAUUCAAGCACAAAUCAAAGUAACUAUCAUCAAAGGAGAACAACCUUACCUUCUCUUAUCUGAAGUAGAUCAAGCAAGAUUACAUAUCACUAAAAAUAGACAAAAUAAGAUAGCCUUAAUCAAUAACAAGCCUAUUAGCUACCAAGAAAUAGGAUCAGACACAGGUUAUAGAUGUAACAACCUAGCUUGUGAUGGACCUGCUCACUUAACCUUGAGAAACCAACCUUCUUAUAUUUAUCUAAAUACCUCUCCAAAAGAAACACCCCCUUAA